AUGGACGAAUGCGGAUCUGGCAAUCUUUUGGCAAAAAUUGAGUGCAUCCUGACGUAUGGAGGAUCCGGGCUGGACGUUGCCAUCAACUACGCCCUCCUGGUCUUGGAUGUGACGUUCAGUGCUUGGUGGCUGAAUAUUGCUAACCAAAAUGCCAUGAAGCCAUGCAUUUCCCUCAUUGCCGUGAUGAUCUACCAAGUGGUGCUGUGCUUAUUCCUUGGCUGUUCUGGCGUGUCCAUAGUUUGGUGUGCAGUCGUGGGUUGGUAUAUCCAGAAGUCCAGAUGCCAGUUGCAGGCAGCCGUUUCACCCCACAAUAAGGCCUUCGAAAUCGCUCUUCUGUUGCUGAAUGCAUCAGCACUGAUCUACUAUGCAAUUACCUCAGCAAUGAUUACCAGUCUGGCACAUGGCUGCGCAUUGUCUGCUGCUGCCGUCAAUGCCGCGGCGGCGAGCCGCGAUUAUAAGGUCUACCCUCGUAUUGACUACCGCACCAUCACUGGUGUAGAGGGACCUUUGGUGAUCAUGGAGAAUGUGAAAUUUCCCACCUACGGUGAGAUCGUGAACGUGAACCUCUCCGAUGGCACUGUCCGUCAGGGACAGAUUUUGGAGGUGAACAAGAAGAAGGCAGUUGUGCAGGUCUUUGAGGGGACCAGCAACAUCGACAACAAGGAUUGCCACAUCGAAUUCACCGGUGACACCUUGAAGAUGCCCAUCUCUGAUGAUUUGAUGGGUCGAGCCUUCAACGGUUCGGGAAAGCCCAUCGACAAGGGGCCCGGAGUGUUGGCGGAGGAGUUCCUGGACAUCGGCGGAGCUCCCCUGAAUCCCAAGUCGCGAGUCUACCCAAAAGAGAUGAUUCAGACCGGCAUCAGUGCCAUCGACACUAUGAACUCAGUGGUGCGUGGCCAGAAGUUGCCACUCUUCUCUGCUGCAGGCCUUCCGCACAACGAGAUCGCUGCACAGGUGUGCCGACAAGCGUCUCUGGUGAAGGGCAAGGAUGUGUCGGACCAUUCGCAGGAAAACUUCAGCAUUGUCUUCGGGGCCAUGGGUGUCAAUAUGGAGACGGCGCGUUUCUUCAGGAACGACUUCGAAGAGAACGGAUCUAUGGAAAACGUGGUACUCUUCAUGAACUUGGCCAAUGACCCAACCAUCGAACGUAUCGUGACGCCCCGUUUGGCUUUGACCACUGCGGAAUACUUCGCGUACACGCGCGAGCAGCAUGUCUUUGUGAUUCUCACUGACAUGAGCUCCUACGCAGACGCCUUGCGAGAGGUGUCGGCAGCCCGAGAAGAAGUGCCAGGACGACGAGGUUAUCCUGGUUACAUGUACACCGACCUGUCCACCAUCUACGAGCGCGCAGGGCGCGUGGAGGGUCGCAAUGGAUCGAUUACUCAAUUCCCGAUUCUCACCAUGCCCAACGAUGACAUUACGCACCCGAUCCCGGAUUUGACGGGCUACAUCACCGAGGGCCAGGUCUUUGUCGAUCGAUCUCUGCAUAACAGGCAGAUCUAUCCUCCCAUCAACGUGCUUCCUUCCUUGAGUCGAUUGAUGAAGUCGGGCAUCGGCAAAGGCAUGACGCGUGACGAUCACCCCAACGUGUCCGACCAGCUUUAUGCGAACUAUGCCAUUGGUCAGGACACUCGCGCCAUGAAAGCAGUUGUAGGAGAAGAGGCUCUCAGCGAGGAUGAGCACAAAUACCUGGAGUUCACCGACAAGUUUGAGCUCAAGUUUUUGACGCAGGGAGCCUACGAGAACCGAGACAUCUUCGCUUCCUUGGACAUC